UCCCCAUUGGCCGGGCCUGCCGUCCGUCCGCGCCGCGCGCCGCCGCCGCCGCCAUGGUGCGCUUCAAGAACAGGUACGUGCUCUGCGAGGUGAUCUCGGAGGACCCGCGGUGCCGGCAGUGCAUCGAGGACCGCGUGCUGGGCCUCGCCGUCAGAGACGCCAUCACACGGGUGCACGGGGAUUACGGCCUGGCGUGCUGCUCCAUCUCCUUCACAGUGAAGUACCUGAACGCCUACACCGGGACGGUGCUGCUGCGCUGCCGCAAGGACUCGUACCGGCUGCUGUGCUCCGCGCUGCCCUUCGUGCGGCACCUGGAGAGCCGCGGGCAGCGCUACCCCUGCUCCCUCAACACCCUGCACGUCGGAGGUACCAUAAGAACAUGUCAGAAAUUCCUGAUUCAGUAUAACAGAACACAGCUGCUGAGGUUGUUGCAAAACUGUACAAAUGAAGAGGAAAGACAAUGCAUACAGAAGUCCUUGUUGAGCUGUUCCCUUACAGAAGAGCAGUCUGAAAGUGGAGAUGAGGAGGAUGAUGAUGGCACAGAGACAGACUGAAUGUCAGUUAUUACUGUUCACUUCUAUUCUGUGCUUGUUUACUCAAGAUGUGACUGAUUAUCUUCAGUGUUAAGCAGUGCAGGGGACUGGAAAAGCAUUUGUUCAUAUUUAGAGUUCAUUCCCCCUUCCAAAUGUUUUUAAAUUUAAAAAAAAUAAAACAUUAUUUCACUUAAG